AUGGCGCCGUUUGGCACGACUGCGCCGUCGGCCCGUGCGCGUCUACGAUGGGCCACACUCUUGUUCAUGUCCAUCUGUGCUGUGCGCCAGGCCUCGAGUCUUGUAAGUAGCACUGCCCGGGGGGGGGUGAUCAUCACCUGUGUUUUUUCGUUGCACGUGUUCCUGCUGUUCCUGCCACUCCCGCCCGUGCCUCUUCCUCGCGGUUGUGGCAACGUGGCUCGGCGCUGGCAGUGCAACACCCAGCGUCGCCGUCCGAGGCUCCAGCGGCCAACCCCGCAGCUCCGGUUCCAGCUUGCAGAAUGGGUUCGGCCUGUGCUGGUGUCGAACUGGAUGGCUUCGCUUCGGUUGCCGUCCGCGGCAGCAGUCAGAAAGGCAGUUCACACCCUGUAG